CUGAGCUUUUGCCGCAUUCAACCCAAAACAAUUCAAUUCAAUUCAUUUUCUGUCCAUUUUGCUUUGCUUUUUUUUGUGACCAAAAUAGAACGAAUCAACAUCAUUUGUAAUCCAAACCCAUUUCCUUAUCCCAUCCCAUCCCAUCAUCCCGUGCUCGAAUUACUACUAUAUCGUAGCUUUGGAUCCUUGAAUUCCCAUUAUUGACCCCUAAAAUCCUUGAAAAAUAUAUUUGUAUAAAGAACAAGGGAAGGGAAGAAAAAGAAAGACAGAAAGACAGAAAGACAUACAGACAGACAGACAGACAGACAGACAGACAGAAACAAGUAAAAUUGGUUUAAAUUGGGUAUCCAGUACCAGUACCAGUACCAAUACCCAUACCCAUACCUAUUACCAGUACCAGUAUCCGUACCUAUGAUAUAUUCGUAAACACCGACGAAAACAACUUCGUCAUAGGUGUCUACUAAUACAAUACAACGACAUACCUAGUAGUACAGCCAUCAGCCUAUCGACGCUCAAUUCUUCUUCGCUAUGCCACACAUAGUCGUGCUAGGCGCCGGAGUCAUCGGCCUUAGCUCCGCCCUGCGGGUCCAAGCCCAGGGGCAUGCCGUGACCAUCGUGGCGCGGGACUUCCCGUCGGGGUCCGAGAUCAUCGACGCGCAGAACCAGAUCAACUACACGUCGCCGUGGGGCGGCGCCCACAACCGGCUGGUGCCGCCGACCAACGCCGCCGAGGACCGCGAGCACGGCAUGAGCGUCCGCACCUUCGACUACAUGUACGCCAUCCAGGCCCGCUACCCCGAGGCCGGCAUCACCCUCAUGAAGGGCAUAGAGUACAUCGAGAACCCCAGCGACGCCUACCGCUCCCUCACCGAGGAAAAGGCCCGCAAGCAGCUCGGCAUGCUCGGCUUCAAGCUGCUGAGCCGACGGGACCUCCCCCAGGGCGUCAACUGGGGCUGCGAGUACGACACCUGGUGCGUCAAUCCCAUGGUCUACUGCAGCUUUCUCCUGCGCCGCUUCGCCAUUCUUGGGGGUAGCGUCCUGCGCAGGGAGGUAAGAGACCCGAGGGAAGUCUUCUCCUGGGAUUUCGAGGCGGGGCCCGUGGACGUGCUGAUUAAUGCGUCGGGGAAUGGAUUUGGGGACGAGAAUAUGUUUAUUACGAGAGGUCAAACCUGCCUCGUGGCGAACCCAUGCUCCGUAACGGUGACGCGGCAAAACGCAGACGGCUCGUGGACGUUCUGCGUGCCGCGCGGGUUCGACGGCGGCACCAUCAUCGGCGGGACCAAGGAGCCGGACAACUGGGACCCGAACCCGUCGAUCGAGGUGCGCAAGGAGCUGCUGCGCAAGUUCGCGGCCACGUACCCGCAGAUCCUCGACCGCAACGGCAACUUCACCGUCAUGAAGGACGUCGUCGGGCGGCGCCCCACCCGCAAGGGCGGCAUGCGCGUCGAGAACGAGACGGUCGACGGCGACAAGCGCAUCAUCCACGCGUACGGCCUCGGCGGCCGCGGGUACGAGCUGAGCUGGGGCUUGGCGGACGUCGUCGCCCAGCUGCUGGACGAGCAUCUGAACGGCACCUCGGCGCCGCCGUACGUCUCGGAAAGCAAGUCCAAACUUUGAUACCCCCCCCCUACCUACCUACCUAUUACCUAGCGAAUAAGCGAAUGCAACGAACGAGAAAUGGGGUGGGUAUUGCUUGAAUGGAAACUUUCAACAUGUAUGAUGAUGACGAUGACGAAGAUGAGGAUGAAGAAGAAAGUGAGGGAGGGAGUGGGAGUGGUCACAAAUCCUGUAUAUCUACCCAACCGUUUCCUAGAUAGCAAAUUCAGUCGGGGCCUUUUGAAAGGUGAUCAAUACUUAUUCAUGGAACUGGAACCAAGACUCGUUGACUUACUUACUAGAGAAGGGGCGAGUGCGUACCGAAUAAUCUGGGAUUCACAUGAGAUGAAUCAAGCAACUAUACCUGACCCUAGUACGCAGUGGAAGGAGUGAUGCGAUUGUAGGCUCUAUUUGCCUCUACGUACUUCUAAUGAAUCACGUCUAUUUUCCAGCCUUAGAGAAAAAUCUUGUCACCCAACUUUACUCACCAAACAAGCAAGUGUGCUCGGAAGCAGCCAAGGCAAUAUGUACCUAUAAAAUGCGCCGAAACAGCAGUCGAAGGAGAACCCCCGAAUCUCCUACCUACAUCCUCACCAAGCAAGCCGGCAUCAAGUCAUACCUACCUAUUAUCUCUAACAAUUCCCGCAAAACCUACCUACCUACCUAGAUACAUCUCCCACUCAACUCCGACAAACCAACUAACCUUAGGUACCUACCAACCUACCUACCUA